UCUCAGCGCUCAACUCGCGACAGGCGCUCCCGGCGACGGGCCGCCGCGGUAGCCUCGGCCUCGGGCAGCGUUGGGUCUGCACCAGGCACGGCGGCGGUACAGACGGAAGUGCCCGGGCCAUCACUUCCUGGACGCGCUAGGGCUAGGUGACACGAAUACUUAUUGCUUAUUAGCUCCACCCGAGCGUGGGAUGUGGAAGUUGGGAUGCUCCGCGUGAUGAGCUUGAUGAGCCGCCGACGGGCGGUGGGUCCCACUUCUCGUCCAUCACACCGUGCCUCCCACGCAGGACCAAGAUGCCCGAACAUCUCUUCAACGCUUCCAGCAGCCGCGCUCCGCUGACGCCGCCUCUGUCUAAUCCUCCCGACUCGCCGCAGCGCACGCACGGCGGCUUUGGCGCGCUUGAAGGGCUCGUUCACUCGAUCGCGCAGAGUGCCGCAUCGACCAAGCUGGAGCCCGUCGCCAAACGAUUCGAGGAGUCGAUCAGCCAUGCAAACGAGCGCAUCGAAGUACACGAACAGGGCCUCACGGACGUCAGGAAGCGCACCGCCGCGGUCGAGAAGGACACCGCAGUGCUGCGCGAUCAGCAGGCCAGUCUCUACACUAAACAGCAAGCGUCAGAGAAGCUCGCCGCCAAGACUGAGGAGCGGAUGGAGGAGCUCGAGGCCGCAGCACAGACGCUACUCGACUCGUCGACACAACGCUUUGAGGCACACGACAAGCACAUCGCGCGGCUUCAAAAAGGCUUGGAGGCUGCGCGUGGCCUGAGCAGCGGAGCCGUCGCUCCGCUCGAGGCGGCUGUGGCCAAGCUCGAGGAGGACGUGCCUGCGCAGCUGCUGCUCUUCGCAAAGGAGCUCAAGACGAGGAAAGAGCAGAUCGAGAAGUAUGAGCAGCAGGAAGCUUUGCGGCACCAAGAGCUGCUCGGCAAGCUGCGAACGAGCAUCUGGGCGGAGUUCAGAGACUUCAUCAGGGAGGCAGUCGGCUGCGAGGUCAAGAUGCUCAACGGCGAGACGGGCGGCGCGCCCGUCGGCCGGCAGCCGGCCAAGAUGUCGCUGCACUUCAUCAACGCCGGAGCAGCUGCAUCUCGAGCUGACCGCGCUGGCGCCGACAACGGUUCGCUCGAUCCUCAUCAAGCGUGCACGCGGGCAAUCGAUGCGCUCGCGACCAGAUGCGAUGACCUUCAACUUCGGAUGAAGCAGCUCGAGGCGGCCAAGCGUCCUGCUCUUCAGAACGCCAGCGAUGAGAACGCCAACGACGAGAACAUCCCCGACGAGAACGCCGGGGCAGUCGAUUCGCAGAAGCCCGAGCCUGAUGCAACAAAGCUCCUGCUUGGCGAGCUGGCCGAGGCCAUCAAGCAGCUGAACACCCGACUCGAGGAGCUCGAAGAGAUCCAUGACUCCGUGCCUCAGCUCCUCGAGGAUGUGGUCAUGAUGCAGAAUCUCAUCAAGGUGCAGGAACAGUCGGACCGUCGUCUCAACGUGACGCUGUCGGAGCUUCGAGGAGACUUGGACGAAGGACAGCGUGUCUUCGAGCGGCAGCUCAAGGUCGCCGAGGAAAAGCUCAAGGCCAUCGAGACGAAGUUCGACGCGCUCGACGGCGCCGCUGCGCAGCCGUCUUCCGGCAACGCUGCCAGUGUCAGCCAGCAGGACCUCAUCGACGCCUGCAACAAGGUGCGCGAGUCUACGUCGGCAGAGUGCGGCGCCGUCAAUGCACAGCUCAUCGAGCUCAGAGCAUCGACCGACGGGCUGCCGAAAGCUUCGGAGUGCCACGACAAAGCGUUGCGUCAGCUUCACAAGCGGCUGGAGAUCGUGGAGAAGAGAAUGGACAAGCUUGCCGAGGCACGACGGCAGAGGCGCAGCAAGCGUGCCCAGAGCCAAGCAGGCAGCGUGCGCGCUCCGUCGUCGUCGGCGUCGCGCAGCGGGCAGGCCAUGGAGCAAGACACAGACGACGGCGAGGCGCAGGCCAGCGCACCGAGGCCGGCGCGGAAGCGCAGAGCGCCGGCACGCACGCAAGACUCCGAGGGGCCUGCUGCGCAAGGCGACGCCAGCCGCAAGCGCAAACGCCCGGCUGCCAACGUCGAGGACUCGGAGUACGAGCCCGAGCCCGGCGAGUCGUCACGCGAGCAGGAGUCUGACGACCCUCUCUCGCCCGACGCCGACGCCGGCCCUAUGCUGCCCGACGACGACGAAGACGAUGACGCCGCCGCAGAAGACGAAGAUGACGAGGAGCAAGAGGGAGAGCAAGAGGGAGAGCAAGAGGAGGACGAGGAGCCAGAGCAGCAGCCAGCGUUCCCGAUGGACGCCUCGAGCGGCGACGAAUACGACGACGAGGCCGAGCGCGCAGCACGCCGUGCAGACGUGCCCCGCGAUGAGCACGGCCGCUUCAUCGGCCAGAGUCGUAAGCACGCACCCGCUCCUCGUUCGGACGCAGCGCUCAACCGGCGACACUCGCAGAGCAGCAGCAAGCGCCUCCGCCUCCGGAGCCGGCAGCGGCGCGUGCGGCGGCGGCACUCCUCUUCAACCCGCUCUGGGCACAGCGUCGCGGAGGAGAGCAGCCCGUCGCCGCGCGCGGCCAGCCCAGCUUCCUCGAGAUUCAGGAGCGCAUGCUCGGCCGCGGCAAUGCGCCGCGCCUCCGCGAGCCGUAGCGACCAGGAGAGCAGCGACGAGCUCGAGGUGCCGCUCGUGCAGCAGGUGCCUGCGGCGGCCGGCUCCUACCGCGACCCUAUCACCAUCGACUCCUCCGACGGCGAGUAGCAAGAACCGUGCGACGAACCACCGCGUGACCAGUUCCCGUCCAUGUACGACAGCGUCUCUGCUGUGGCCCGAAUGCGAUGCGUGACGAUUCUUGAUUUGAA